AUGCCCUUCCUGAGUCCCGACUGGAGGUGUCCGGGCGAUAAAUGGAUAAAGUCUUCAGAAGAUGGAAACACAUGGGAGAACGCCAAGGACUGGAGGGAAAAGGUCUUCGCCAAUAUGAAUGACGCCGCUUUGAAAAGGAUUUACCGUCAAUCCCUUACAGACGAUCGACUUAGCACCGAGGAUUUUGAGUCAAUGCUGGCUAACAUCGUUUGUUUCCAGCCGCACAUUCGGAUCAACUUGUACAGUACCCGGGAGAUCGCAACUGUUAGUACGAUAACCGACGCUCUACUGAAGUUGGAUAUGAAAUCGGCUAUAAGGGACGUACGACGUUUUAAUUACGUUUGCAAGUUGGUGCGCCGCUUGUUGGCUGAUAGGUUACACACUAUGACAGGUCGAUCCCAGCUCUACAUAAUUGAGUUGUUGAAAGUCAUAAUGCAUCAAGUGCUGGGAAGUUGCAACCAGACCCUUGUCUUUCGACAAUUGCUUGACACAUUGCGGACAAACCUAGAGCGCCACGAGUAUGAUCACAUUGGGAGUUCGCAGUUGUGGGCCAAUCAUUGGGAAUCUCUCACUAAGAUGAAGGCAACUCUGGAUGAUUUCGACAUAAAACAGACCCUGACAAAUAAUGCCGAUAAGCACAGCCCCCACAGGGGUUGCAUUCGCGGUGCUGACUCGCGGAGCGAGAGUGGACAGGCGCGACUGGAGAAUCUGCCUCUCGAGUGCCUGAAGCUCAUCGUGGCGAACGUGAAUAGCCCAGAAGACCUGGAGUCGGCCUCGGUGGCCUCGCCCACUCUGGCGCUGGUGGUGAAUGACGAGGUAUUCUGGCGCCGACUGGCCACUCGCAGUUUCACGCCCAACCAAAUCAUGUCAGUGCAAUUCGGUCGAGCUAGCUGGAAAGCGGUGCCUGCGGAUAAUGGGGCGCGAGACUGCAACUGGCGCCGUGCCUACAUCCGUCUCCUUCGUCGAUUCGGUGAGCAGCAGGUCCACUCCGCCUGUCUCGGCAUCUGCGAAAAUUGCUCCUGCCUCUAUUGGAUGCUCUUGGGUCACCCGUGCUACCGACAGGAGAAGCCGCCGAGGGUGCGACUGCUCUCCCCGGAGAACUUUAUCGCGCUCUUUGCCAAAUGA